UUCCAUUAACAUGCGGAGCUUUACCUGUUCAGUGUUUUUGAGCUCGGUUGCUGGAAGUAGAAUUCUGCAGGUUACACAACCUGCAACGUUAGUUUCAAUACCCUUUCUUUCUCAUCAUCAUAUAAACCAGCUUUGAUCAUCAUAUAAACUUGGAAGGUAUUCGAGUUACUGGUUUGUUUUUAUGCUUUUUGCAACAUAAUGUAAUUAAUCGAAAAAAUACGAAACACCUUUACUAGCCCCUGCUCCCUUUCCAAGCCCACCUGCGACCUAACAUGGAGUUGGCGAACUAGUGAACUAACUGAUGUUUCGCACGUCAAAUUUCCCCAACCUCAACCGGGGUGGGCCAGUUCCCCUCCUUCCUUAGCACGUCAAAAACAAUCACUUUACUGGCUGGACCAAGCCCAGCCUAUCAAUAACGUGUGAUAGUGAUGAUACGGACGGAAAACCAGUCGGCCACCCAUAGACAGGCACGGCCAUAAAUUUUCCAUCUUUUUUCCAACCGUUUGUUUCUCUCUUUUCUAACGGAACAAAGUGUAACAGGAUGUUAAAAAAUAUUUAUAAAAAAAUGUACAUAUAUUUCACUAGGACCACUUAACGUAAACCACAUACUUGUGCGAGGAAUACGUAGCUGGUUGGAUGCCUAAUAGGUAGUUGUUGCAUUUGCACGAUGUUCGAUAAAGAAACAAAAAAAAACUCACGCUACGGUAGCCUAGGUGUGGCUCAAUGUAGCCCACUAUAUCCUGUCUCAUUUGUUUGCACAUACGGUGUAGUUCUACUCGUUCGUUGCGUUGUUUAUUGGUGCGCUUAAAGUUCGUAACUAUCGGCCACCAAGACGCUGGUAUUGCGGAAAGGGACACACUUAGAAACCCAUUCAUUAUCGCUUGGCUUCCGUCCGGGCUAGAGACAUCCCUUACUAGGCACAUUUCACAUGAUCUAGGUGUGGCCGCUCGUAUCGCACGGGGAUAUUUAGGUUCUUUGGUAGUAUUUUUUUAAUCUUACUUUCCCUCCGAGCUUAUUACGCAACGUGAAACGGAUUCAUGACGUAAGCUGAUGUUCGGAUAGUGGACAGUAUUUGCCAUGAUCCAAGAUAACGUAAUGUUUGGCUAUAUUAUUUCUAGGUUAGUUUGCUUGAUUCAAUUUUAUUGAUUUAUUUUACAUUUAUUCAAUGUUAAAGUUUGGGAAUACCUCAAUAAUUCUCGACACGAUGCUGGAGUUCCAGGAAUAUAGAUACCGUCACACGGUUAAACAUGUUAACGUGGAAUACCUUCAAGAGGUAAUUUGUUACAUGCUGUCUGCUAACUGUCUAAGGAUUUGAAUGUUCAAUAAGCGACCCCUGAUUUAAGUGAGUUCUACUCCCUUGCAAAGGAGAAGAAAAUUAACUGCACCAACCACAGAGAACAUAAGCUGCAUUACAAAUCUUGUAAAAAGUGCUAUCAGAAGAUAGCACGGAAAUUGCUUCAGAUUUAAGGCAAUGCGUUCGCGAAUUGUCAAUUUAAAACAUGUCCAGAAACUAGCCAAAGAUACAAUGAGGAAUUUUCUUAUUAGAUUCUAGCACACCUCCCCCCUCCCCCUCCCCCGUAGCAAGGAUUGGCUAUCUGGUUAAGUAUAGUAAGCCAGAAAUGCCUGGCAUGAUCUUAAGGGUCGUUAAGCCAAUGAGAAAGAGAAAGAAAGAAAAAAAAGAGAGAGCGAGAGAGAAAGAGGAAGAGAGAGAGACUUACAUCUCUAUUUCUCUCUUCGUGGUUUAACGACCUCUAAGGUCAUUGAGUAAGAGAAUAAGGUAAGAGAGAGACAAAGAAAAAAGAAAAAGAGAGAGAGAGCGAAGGAGAAUGGGAAGAGAGAGACUUACAUCUCUAUCUCUUUCUUUGUGGUUGAACGACCUCUAAGGUUCUCUCUCUUUCAUUUCUGUCAUACUAGACUUAUUUUACUAGACGCCGGGGGACGGUCCGGAUGGGAUUUGAUACCCGAUCCUGACGUGUGAAACCGGCGCCGUUUAGCACAUACAACACCAGGUGGCUCCCGCAUACCUCAGGGAUCAUUCAACUAUUCUUCUUCUCUUCAACUAGUUAAUACGGUGACGAAUAACGACUACUCUGUCGUCCUAGACUACAAUAGUCUUAGUAAUCGAAUGCGUCUUCCAAUUAUAACUAAAUUCUCUUUAAAUACAGAAAAAUGUUUGAUCGACAGAACAGCAAAUUCAUCUGCAUUUGCUAUGAGAAACUAUGGCCAAAGUCCUCGGAGUAUGUCACCAUUUGCGCCCUGCCCUUCAACUGCAUGCGCAAGUGUGAGUGUGAGGACGUCAUUAUACACUAAUGUCUACCGCGAAUUGGUACAUGCUUUGUUCCCUUUUGUUUAUGUGUGCGUGUGUAAGUUUAAUGGCUUCCAGUGCCGACAGAUCAUUUUCAAAUUCGUUCUCAUGUUUUGUGGAUACCGAUAUUUUGCUUUGAGUCGGGUUUCGUAUGCAUACGAUGUCACCGUGUUACUUUCUUUUAUUUUUGCAAGAAAAGCCAGCACAUCUUACAUUAAGAAAGAACGCUGGGAUAAGGUUUUCAAACUGUGUUUUUAUUCGUGAAAAAAAAGAAACAUUUCUCGCUAAGAGUGACUUCAUCGCUUAGAUGAAACUACGAAACGCUCCUUAUUGUUCUGCUUUAUCCUACCAUCCAAAUACUACUACACUCGCUGUGAUCAGCGUGGUAAAAAAAUACCCGAAGCGAAAACACACAAACACACACACACACGUGCGCUAGUGUGCAAAUUGCACGUGCGAUAACCAGUUUCGCUGUAUAAGCCCGCGCGUAUCUGUGUACGUUUCUUCGUAACGUGGUUGAAGCUUCGCGGCAACAUAUGCCGGUCACUCUGCAUUGUGCGCGCGCCUAAGUCGGUUGAGUUUGAGAUUUGCAUUGUGCGUUAUUGUUUCUUUUCAAUCGUGGUGUGUCAUUCGAUUUCAAGCGCACAUCUUUCCAGAAACAAAAGAUCUCAAUACGAGCGGCCAAGUUUCGUCAUUAUCCAGGGUUUGCCCUAACGUACCACAUAUUGGAAGGUGGUGCGUUGCUUCGAUAGUUGCCAAAUUUACGCUGCUCGUUUCAUCGAACAUUCGGAUAAAGUUUAUCUAAGACAAGCUGCAAUCGAGAUGAAUAUUUUGGACCUACCUAAUGAAAUGCUGGUGAAAGUAGCAUCCUUUUUGCCUGUCAAGGACCUCAAAUCGCUCAGCCUAACUUGUCAUCGUUUCAACGACUUAGCGGUUGGCCCAGUGUUGGCGGUGAAAGGUGUACUAUGGCUUAAUAAGGUCGAAGAGACAGUAAAUACGUAUGGCGAAAAAGAGCUGAAGAAGCAGUAUAUUGAUUACGAGGUACUGAAAAAGAUCAAGCGCAAUUACCAUGCGGUCGGGAUCUAUCUGCCGGUGGAUCUGUCGAGCAGCGAAUUCGUAGUAUUGUAUCGUCGGCUAAUGACAAUGUUUUCGAUGAAGAAGAUCAUACGUGACCUGCACGUCGUCGACAGCAACAAGCUGCACAUGGCUACGCUGUACAAGAACUGUUCCGCGCUGUUUCAAACGCUUGUCGGACUCUCGGUAACGGUGGUCGAUUCACCGAUUGUGGAGGACAAGGUAAUGGGCAUGGACAUGCCGAGCCUGCGCUGGAUCAAAUGGAACGAGGAAAAGUUCCACAGCAAUAUGUGGGAGAACCGGUGUGUGCUGAUCAACCUUACCGCGCCAAAGCUGCAGCAGGCAAAGUUCGAGAUGCCGGACGAUAUGCAUGUGACAAAUCAGAACUAUCGCAGCAUACUGGCGCUGAAAACGGUUGACCAACUUCAGGAUCUGGAAUGUGUGCUCGGUGAUCAGGUGGUCGAACUGCUCACCAACAAUCGGCUGCCGGCGUUGAAGCACCUACACCUGAUACUGGAGGAGUGCAGUAGCAGUGUUAGCUGGGACAUCAUCGCUAGUAACACGCCAAACUUGGAAAAGCUGAAGCUGAAGCGCAAUCCAACCACGAUCAGAGAUAUAGCGCCACUGUGCUCAUUUCUGUUAUACUGCAGCGCGCUCACCGAGCUCCACCUCGAGGGGAUGGACAUCAGCAGGGUCAUUGAAAAGACCUACCUGUGGAACGGUAUCGAAACGCUACACCUGCACGACUGCUUCGCGUGUGUACAGCGCGGUAAGAAGGUGGUGUUUCACCUGCAGAACGUGCGCAAAUUUUGCGCCAGCAUAGGGCUGACCCGCCAAUGUCAGUUCGUGUUCGAUCUGCCGAGGGUGGAAGAAUUGUCCCUUAGCAAAGGGAACGGCUCGUUGGACAUUUUAGAAAUGCCAAAGCUGAGAACAUUGCAUCUCGGUGUAAUGAUGCGCCGUCAAAUGACGUUUCUGACAAGCGAGAUGCCCGCUUUGCGUACCUUGAUACUGGACACGCCGUCGAUGUUUCUCCCAGUGUCGGAAUCGAAUUACAGUUUGCUGCUUGGUUCCGGUGUCAAGCUGACCAACUUGACGGUGAUUUGCCGCAGCGCUCAUGCUAUUAAUGAGCUGCUCGAAAACGUCAACAGGCUGCAACCGGGGCUCGCCACACUGAAGCUAAUCGGGAUGGGUGCGGUGUCGCGAAUCAGUCGUACCACUCUCCGCUCGAUACUGAAGCUGCCACAACUGAAGUGCCUGCUGAUGACAAACAUCCAACUGACCGCUGCGAUAGACGAACCGUAUGCAUUGCCACGGGAUCUGCAACGGUUGAGAAUUCGUUCGGUCUACACACCGGUCAACUCACGCUUUAUAUCGAUGAAGCGCAACCAGUACCGAUUGGGCAACGUGGUGGAGCGCAAGAUCCUUCACCAUAAUUUAGUUAACGCCAAUACGGCCCAAGUUCCGAAUUACCAUGAGAUGCAUUCCACGUGCGAUACAUGUAUUGACCGUAUGUCUUCCCUGCUACCCGACGCUUAAGCAAGAUUGCAUUAGCAGCACAGUGAUCUUCCUUACAUCAUACUAAUCAUACUAAUGAAGAACAUCAACACCUCCAUAACACGCAACGUAUCAACAGUUCGCUGAAGUGUACAACUCCGUACAUUGAAUCUGUUUACAAGAACUCAUCACCAUAACAUCAUCUCUUGUCAAUCGUUGUCGAUAUAAUUGAUUUAUUUAUUUUUUUUUAAUUAUUUUUAAACUGUUCGUUUUCCGUUAAAAGUGUAGUUAGCAUUCCACACUCAAGCUGAAUACGUAAAGCAGUGGAAUCCGUUUUUGGAUGCGUUAUUUAAAUUUGAAACUUUCAUAACUGCUUCUAUUAAUUCUUUCAUUUUUCAUCUGCCUCUAUAUUGUAUUACAAUAUUUCUGAUAACCGGUAUUUUCCUUCUUACUUUGCACUGUUUACAUUGCUAUAUUCGAAGAGUUUUACAAUUUAUAAUCUAUUUACCAACACUUACUAUACACAAAAAAAAUUAUCAAUAUAAUUAUAUUCAAACAAAAAAAAGUGAUAUUUACAUGAAUUAUUUAAAGAUAUGUUAUUAAUAAUCCAUUGCUGCAAGAGUUAAGAUUUUUUACCAAGAAAAUUAAAUAUUAGACUGUUUUAACGCCUUGUUGACGUGCGUUUUUUUAGGCAGAACGUGUUGAUAUCACCGCAUACGUUUGUUGUCUUAGGAAACAUUACAUUACAUUCAAAACAUUCAGGACGUACCAGUCCGUCCCGAAUCAGAAAAGUUCCGCUAAGCGAAGACGGACAUGUCCGUCCCCCCGUCAACAAAGUGUUAACAUGGAACAGCGGGGCCUGAAGGUGUAUAUGGUAAACGGCGCCGGUUCCACACGACAGGACCGGGUAUUAAAUCCCAAAGCAAGUCUAGUAGGCCAAAAAUGCCCGCCAUGACCUUAGAGGUCGUUAAGUUAAUAAAGAGAAGGAAGAUGGAACAGCAAUGGAUGCUGGCAUUGGUUGGUACCUUGUUAGGGCGACAACAGUAACGAACCGUUACAUGCGUUCAUUUUGAAGGUAUUAAAAUUUGCUCAAUUACCGACAAGAACAAACAAAAGAAGUUAUAUAAUGCAACACGUACCGUGUCAUCCUAGGGAUCCAAAUUAAAUUGAUACAGUCGAUUGCUUCCUUCAAAACGAGAACAGCCAGCAAUAAGCGCUCAUUCUGAGUAACAAACGGAAAAGUUUCCGUUUGCAAGACUCUAACCAAACGGGAAGCAAAUUUGUAUACCGCACACCCGGUAGAGUCUUCGAAAUAGCAGCUCUUUUCUCUUCGGGGUUUCAAGUAAUUCACAAAUAAAGAAAAUUUUGAAAUAUUUCACUUC